UUCAUUUCAGCUGGCGAGUUUCUACACUCUCGAGGCUUCCACAGGUACUGAAAAUCGCAAUUUUCGAAAAUCGCAUUCUCUCUCUCACACACAUCUCGAAUCUCCUUUUCUCUCAAUUUCGUUUCUACAACAGACAGAUCUGCGGAGAAAUCGACGGUUGAUUCGAGAAGAGAGCGCGAUCUCUAAUGGCGACGAAGCGGAGCGUUGGAGAUCUCAAGGGAGGAGAUCUCAAGGGCAAAAGAGUCUUUGUUCGAGUCGAUCUGAACGUGCCAUUGGAUGAUAAUCUCAAGAUCACCGACGAUACGAGGGUCCGAGCGGCGGUCCCCACCAUCAAGUAUCUUGUGGGAUAUGGGGCCAAGGUCAUCCUUUGCAGCCAUCUGGGACGCCCAAAAGGUGUUACCCCAAAGUACAGCUUGAAGCCUCUUGUGCCUAGGCUAUCUGAACUCCUCAGCAUCAAGGUUGAGAUUGCUGAUGACUGUAUUGGUGAGGGAGUUGAAAAAAUGGUGGCUGCAUUGCCAGAAGGAGGUGUAUUACUUCUUGAAAAUGUGAGAUUUUACAAGGAAGAGGAGAAGAAUGAUCCGGAGUUUGCGAAGAAGCUAGCUUCGCUUGCAGACCUCUAUGUGAAUGAUGCAUUUGGCACUGCGCACAGAGCGCAUGCUUCCACAGAGGGAGUUACCAAGUUCUUGAAGCCAGCUGUUGCCGGCUUCCUUAUGCAUAAGGAACUUGAUUACCUUGUUGGAGCUGUGUCGAAUCCCAAGAGGCCAUUUGCUGCCAUUGUUGGCGGCUCAAAGGUGUCAUCGAAGAUUGGGGUGAUAGAGUCUCUGUUGGAGAAGGUUGAUAUUCUUCUACUCGGUGGAGGAAUGAUCUUCACAUUUUACAAGGCACAAGGGCACUCGGUUGGGUCAUCUCUUGUCGAGGAAGACAAGCUAAGUCUUGCAACAUCACUUCUUGAGAAAGCUAAGGCCAAAGGGGUCUCUCUUUUGCUGCCGACUGAUGUGGUUGUGGCUGACAAGUUUGCUGCUGAUGCAAACAGCAAGGUUGUACCAGCAUCUGGCAUCCCAGAUGGUUGGAUGGGACUUGACAUUGGACCUGAUUCAAUGAAGACAUUCAGUGAAUCACUGGACUCCACCAAAACCAUUAUUUGGAACGGACCUAUGGGAGUCUUUGAAUUUGAGAAGUUUGCAUUUGGAACUGAGGAAAUUGCAAAGAAGUUGGCGGAUCUCAGUGGAAAAGGGGUGACAACCAUCAUAGGAGGUGGUGAUUCUGUUGCAGCUGUGGAGAAGGUGGGGCUCACUGACAAAAUGAGCCACAUCUCAACAGGGGGUGGUGCUAGCUUGGAGUUGUUGGAGGGCAAGUCACUACCAGGAGUCCUCGCCCUCAAUGAUGCCACUCCUGCCCACUGAGGCAAGUCAUGUUCCUUUUUUCCCCCCGGAAUAUGGCAUCAUCUUUGUCUGGGCUUUGGUAGAGGUUUUCAUGCUUUAGGAGCAUGCAGGCUUUGCUUAUGUGCAAUAACAGAACUUCCCCAGGUGUGAGGGAUGAAUUGCUUGGGAAGAAAAUCAACUAUUAAUAAUUUUAUUAAGACCAUGCCAC